UUGCUAACAUGAGAUAAGUAUGGGACAUUCUGUAAACUUGAAACUUUCAUUAAUAUACUAGUGAUAGUUGGUUUGUACUAUGAGAACACGGGAAUUAUACACCCGUGAUUACAUAUAUUACAAGCAUUAAGUGGAAUUUACUUCUUUCUUCCUGGAAACAUGCCCUUUUACGGAUUCGUCGUGGCCGAGUCGUCCCGCCUAUAUACAUAUAGACGCCGCCUUUAGCUCAAACCACAACACUAUCGUCACCUGGCCCAAGGUACUGCUAUCAUAUACACCUGGUAUCGAAACUCUGGGGAUGGUAUCCUUGAAAUUCCGUUAGGGGAUUCCCGUAACAGAACCUUCUGCUAAAAAAAUGGAGUGCAAUGUGCAAAAACAUCCAGUCAUUGUCUUCAACGAUGAAGGCGGAUCUUCUGAUAAGGAUGGAACUUGCACCUCUUGCAGCCGUUGUGGCUCAAAGUUCUUAACCUGGACAUAUCUCGUUCUUUUCCUCGUAUUGUUCCUAUCCAAUAUAUCUCUCCAUUACAAGUGUAUGACACUUUCAAACGAACUGUCAGAGUUACAGAAAAGAGACAUUUCACCUCGUGCUAGCCCAUAUGCAUCGUCAAAUAAGGAUUCAAGAAGUGUGAGCAUUCACCACAACCAAGAGAGAAGUCUUAGCAGGAGGAACUCUCGUCAGGUCAGGAGACGGAGGAGAGAGAUUUUAAACGAUCUAGAAAGAAAGACAGAACGACACAAGAGUGCCAUUGAACGAAUCCUCAAUCGGCCAGCCAUGCAUCUGAGGGGAUCAAGUAGUGACGCAAUGAACGCUGCCCAAAAUUCACUAUUUUCAUCCAUAGAGAGAAGAAACAUAUUCGUAUGGGAACAUCAAGAUCCAAACUAUCCGAAUCCUUCAUUCCGGUAUGUCAAUGAUGUACAAGACAAUACUAAAAUAUUGGGAAUCAACAUUACAAACCCGGGCAUGUACCUCAUCUACAGCCAGGUGAUGAUCAACGGCCCACCCAGAGCUCAUGAUCCUGCAUAUGGGCUGGAGACUGCUCGAAGGAAGCCCCACAAUCUACAGGAUGUGCUUUUGAGAAGUCACGUGACCCAAGAUGGGCGGGGGUCUGUAUAUCCAAAUAUCCCCAACUAUGCACCACGAUAUCCAGUGGACUUUAUUAGUCAUAUGGGUAUGUUUGAACUGGAGUGUGAGGAUAUCAUUUACGUCAGGGUACCAAGCCUUUCUUCAAAUGGAAAUUAUUUAAGGGAUUCCGAACAGACAUAUUUUGGUCUCGAACUCAUCAAACCUAAAUACAACUAUCUGCAGCAACUCAACGGCUGUUAGCAGCACUUAAAGAAACCAUUAGUAGCUUCAUGGAAAACUCAACGGCUGUUAGCAGCACUUAAAGAUACCAUUAGUAACUUCAUGGAAAACUCAACGGCUGUUUGCAGCACUUAAUGAAACCAUCAGUAACUUCAUGGAAAACUCAACGGCUGUUAGCAGCACUUACAUAAACCUUGAGUAACUUCAUGGAAAACUCAACGGCUGGAGGCAGUUCUUACUAUAAAUCUACCACAACUCCAUGAAACAGUUCAAUGGCUACAAACAGCAGCUCUUACGAUAAACCUUCCAACAUCUUCAUGGAACAGUGCGACAAUCUAGGGAUACUCGUUAAAAAUAUAUGGUAUUUUGUGUGAUACCUCCCGCUGACAGAGGGGAAACUUGGCUGAUUUUAACAUUUUGUACAACUGUAUUGAAACAUGGGCUAACUGACGCAGCUGAUGUUACCUUAUUCCAAAAUGCAAUACUCAGGUAAACAUGUAAGGAUACCGGCAAUGGCAGGUGUUAAUGACAAAAACAAUAAAUGAUACCGACAUGAAAACGAAACCAUAAUUAAAACUCAAAUUUAAAUAAACGAGGGCAAUAUAUAAUAAAAUCUAUAAAGUUACCUGGAUAAUAAAACCCAGAUGUCCGAUGCUUCAUCGACGACACCCGCCAUACAAAUCGAUGUCAAAUACGAGUUAGUCACAAUCUGAAAAAGAGUUAAGGCGGGGACAAUGGAACAAAUAGGCAUAUCAUCAAAAGCAAGCAUCAACGACAUCUGACUUCUUAUUGUAUAUUUCCAAAUGUGAUUAAGAUGUGAUCAAGAUGUCGACCAUAGAAUCCAUCAUGGUUUUUCUCAGCCUUCAUUCCUUGAAUCUACUGUUAAUUACCCCCUUAGUGGUCGACGUAUGUCAUGGAUCGUGAUAAUAGAAACAAGCUUUUCCGGGCGUGUAAAAAUCGGAGCUAGGGGAACAUUACAUUUUCGGUGUAACAGAUCACUUUAUUGUAAUCCUAUCUAAGAAAAAAUAUUUUUGGAAUUACGGUAACAAAGAAUAUCGGCGACCUCACGGUAUCGAUAUAUUCAACCACCGAUGAAUUAAUAAUGAUAUUGAUCAUAGGAUAUAUUUUCACUAUUUAUGUUGCGUUCAUUUCUUUCCGUUGAUCAUUCUUUUAAGGAUAGUCUGAUCAUAUUGAUUUACAUUGUAAUAUUUCAUAGUUAGCGAUAAUAACAUUCAAGAAUAAUUACCUCCCUUAUAUUACAACAAACAAUUUUCGGCAAAGAUGUAUAAAAUCGGCUUGUAAAAUUUACGUUCUCAAGUAAAUGAGUUAAUGUUUUCCACCAAUAAUGUGGUUAGACCGGUUCAAUCAGAUAACAAAAUCUACAUCAAACUGUAUCAAAGUAAAUUAUUAUAGGAAAUUAACGAUUGGUCAUUUUUUUUUUGUCUUUUUUUUGUCUUUUUUUUUUGUCUCCCAUUGUCUGUCUUAUAAUUUAAUACUUUAAAAUCCCUUUGUCUGUUUAUAGCUCAGUUCUUUCUUAUAAUUUAAUACUUUAAAAUCCCUUUGUCUGUUUAUAGCUCAGUUCUUUCGAAAUGAAAAAUAUUUUCAAAUACAAUAUUGUCAACUUGCCAGUUCUUUUUUUUUUUUGUUUUUUGUUUUUUGUUUUUUUUUGAGAUUUCUGGUUUCAUUUCAAAAUUGUUUUAUCACAUAUAUGUAUUUCAUUCGCAUUUCCGCUCAUUUACAUUGCAUGUCUUGACACAUUCGAUCGUAUUUAACAAAAUCCUAUAGAACAUGUCUCAUUUUCUUAUUAAAUUUGAAUAUGUAUCGUAAAUAUUUUGUCGAUGAAUACUGAGUUGAUCACAUUGGCAGUGUACUACUUCUAUGUAAUUUUGUAAAUAUUUCCAUAUAUACAUGUAUCUCGAAUUGUCUCAUUUUGAUAGGGAAACGUAAUUUUCCAUUUAAUAAUCACCUGACUUGAUAAAUGGCAUCAGAAAUAUAUGUAUGUUAGGUUUCUACUUACUUGUGUUAUACAAAUUUACUUCAACAUAUGUAUGUCUGUAUAACGUCAAUUUUCAUUUCUAUAUAAUAUUGUUAUCAAUUGUUAUAGAUACACAUUAUCUCCAUUAUGACAUGCAUUUGCUUGUCCCUUAGCACGUGCAUUUCGUAUGAUUUUACCUACAGAAUGUAUUUUGAAAUCUUGAAAUCAAAAUCAACCGAACGAGAAUGUAUUUAUUUUUUCAUAUUGAAACAAAUUGUAUUCCUCAUUUCAUUAAAUUGUUGUAACACAAAUAAUGAGUAGCAAAAAGCUGUCUCAAUACUGGGAAAUAUCACCGUCAGACAGGGUUGUCUCCCUUCCAAUAUGUCUACAGUAUGGUCUUGAAACUCGGAAGUAGUUCUAUGGAUAGCUGUCCUUGAAAGUUAAAUGUGGUUUUUAUAUCAACACCAAAUUUUGAUAACGAAAGCAUUUCUCUGGGGUUUUUUUUGUUGUUUUUUUUUAUAAUGAACACCUUACCUACUAGAGCGUUUUAAAGAUUUGUGUUUUUUUUCUAUCAAAUUUUGUGGCCGUAUUUCUCCAAAUAAACGUCAAUAUUAUACGUAACUUGAAUGCUUCGUUUUCGUUUUUUAACAAAGUUAAAUGGUUCAAUACUUACUAAUACACAUGAAAUGUAUAUUUCUAAUGUAUAUGCCAUUGUUAUGAUUUACAUAUGUAUGUUGUUCUAAUAGUUUUGCGAAUAAAAAAUUAAAUAUA